AUGCUGCGGUCUCUAAUCGUCACGCCAUCAACCCCGACUGUCAGUCGCUGCCUACAUAGCCCGUCGCCGCCAUCAUCUCCGACGGUACCUGCAUCCAUCAUUGAGCCACACCAGUUCUCCACACCGGCAGAUGGAGGCGAGGUGACGCGGCGGCGAGGCAUUGAGACGACUGACAGGGACGAUGGGACGAGGCGGGGGACGGAGGCGACACGACUCAGCAGCGGCCGGAAGCGAGACGUCUCAAUGGCAGAAGGAGGUCGACCAGAGUUAUUUGCUCAGUCUUCUCGUUCCGACAGAUCUUGGCUCCGCCGGCGGCUCCGUCGUGCGUCCGCCACCGUCCUCCGCCGCCAGCAAGUCGCGGGAAAUCGCCGCCGCCGCCCAAAGUCGCCAAAAGCCGCCCAGUGCCCAGCCGCACGCAGCCGCGAGCAUCGACCCGCAACCACGCGCAGCCAGUCGCUACCGCGCGUCACCAGGGACGCACCGCGCCAUCACCUUUCUGCUCGUGCCGUGCCAUCUGCUUGCUCGUGCCCUGCUGAUCGCCCAAGUUCUUCGCGCCGUGCACGCCUCGCGCGAGAAGAAACGCGUGCAGCAGUCCUCGCGCGACCAGGAGACUGGCACUGCACAACCCGCGUGUUCCCAGACGCGCACGAGCCCAGUCCACCCAGGCGUAGGAGUCUCGCAGCGCACGACCCGCACGAACCCGAGAUCCCAGCGCCGCCCUUGUCUGCUCCAGCACCCAUGCAUCCCGUCCAGCGCCAGACGUGA